AUGCGAAUACAAGCCAUUGCAACAGAUAAGGCACAUAAUGAAAAUAAAGAUUCUCUUGCAAAAGUAAGGAUUGGAAGAUGUGCUGACAUGAAAGGGACUCUUGCAAAGACUGCAAAUAAGUUUAUCAAUGGUGUGGCUUGGGACCCCUUGGAAUUCUAG